CUUAUCAUUAUCUUAUCAAGAGGUUGGUAUGUGUACCAUGUUAAAAGAUAAAACUGUAGCCUACUGAUAGUGUCUGAUGUUCAUUGUCAAAUAAGAGCAGCUCAACACUGUAGAUGAGAAGUAUUUUCAAAAGUAAUAUUUAUUAUUUUGUUAGCAGUGAUGGCACAAGUCAUACAACUUAAAGAAAAGUUAUCAUCAUCCGCUAUAAGUAUUGAACAUAUGAAAAUUGAUGAGAGGACAUUAAAGCGAUAUUUGAAGGCUUUCCAUACUGUAGAUGCUGCAUAUGAAAGAAUCCUGGCAACAAAUGCUUGGAGACAAGAUUGUGAUGUAGCAAAUAUCACUAGAAACACACCAGGGGUAAAGAAAACUUUUGAUACAAAAAUAUGUGAAAUUUUGAAUCAGCGAGACAGACAGGAACGACCUCUAGUAUAUGUGGCAGUUCGAAAUCACAGCAUACAAAAGAGAAAUGUUGAUGAUAUGACUCUCUUCAUAGUGUACAUGUUGGAGACUGCUGCUGACAAGUGUCAAGAAGAUGGCCCUGACAAUGUCUGCCUCUUAUUUGACAUGAAGAACUUUAGCUUGAUGUGUAUGGACUAUGCUGUUCUGAAAACCCUCUAUACAAUCAUGACUGAUCAUUAUCCUGAACGUCUUGGAGUAUGCUUAGUCCUAAAUGCUCCUUUUAUUUUCUCUGCAUGUUGGGUUAUUAUUCGAUCAUGGCUGGAUGAUAACACUGCAGGGAAAAUCAAGUUUAUUAAAUCUGAUGAUGAACUGAGCCUGUACAUAGAUCCAACAUUUUUACCAGCAGAUUUGUAAAUGUUAAGCUAUAAAAAUAUGUAUUUUGCUGGAAAUAUUUACAAAAGUAAAAAUAAGUUUCUC